UUAACUGAAACUUUUAAUGUAGAAAAUUUUAAGAAUACUAGUUUAUUACUUUUCAUCCCAAUAAAUAGGUACAGUAAUUUACCUUACGUUUUCACUACCCAUGUUUUUGCAGUCGUAUGCUAGCUUCUUGCUACAUUUUUCACGAAAGCAAAAUAAACUAACAUCAACUGAACUUUAUCUCCUAAUAACCUGUACUCUUGUUUGUUUGUCGAUUGCGUGUGUAGCUUUUUUCCUUUCACAAUAUUGUAAUUGAACUUUGUAUGACUCGUUUUUUGGUGUAUCCUAUUGUACUAGAAUUUAUAUAUACUACAAAUUCUCGUUUCAAAUGUCUACUUAUCCAAGUAAUACACGACUAGGAUAUUUUAAGAAAACUUCAGAUUGAGCAAACUUAACUGUUGACGGAUCUACUUUCGGUUAAAGAAAGUUCUCAGGAAAUAUUUACUUGCUAUAUCUAUUUACCGACGUGUGAUCUUCGUGGAGUUCGAAAGUCCUUCAGCGGCGGAAAAUGUCAUAACUAGUGAAAAUGGGAAGAUGUUUCAGAAUAGUUAUGUGUCCAUACGAAGUCCACAACCAUGGGACUUGAUGGUUGCUGGAGAUCUUGUUACUAAAUACGAGGUGCCAACUUCAUCUGAAGCCAAUAAAGAAGCUGAAGUGGAAGUAAAAGACGAAAAUGCAUCUAAUGGCAAUGUUCAUACGGAGGUUGAGGAGGUAAAAAAAUUAAUCACACAUAUAAAAUAUUUGGAUAAAGAUGAACUCUGGACGUUGUAUAAUGCAUUACAAGAUAUGCGAAAUGAAAGGGGAGCGAAGACUAAAGUUAAAACUCUUCCUUCUGGUCGACCUUGGCUUGAUUCAAUAGGCAAAACUCUAUUCACUGAAAGGACUGAAACAUUGCACAAAUUAGAAUUAGAAGAUAGUAAAAUAAAUCGUCGUCGUUUUAUUCAAUGUGACAAACUAUACACUGAAGCCAGUAACGAAUGUGAAAAAGCAUGGUUCAAUAUAAUUGACCAAGAAAUUAGUACGUGUAAUGCUCCUAUACUUCCGGAGGAUAUGAACAACGUAUCGUUCCCACCAAUAGUAGCAGCCCCUCAACCUCAGAUAAAUGGGCCUGUAUAUGAUUCCACAGGAUUUCUGAUGCCAUAUCCCAAUCAUUUUCCUUCAGAUACUUGCUGUAAUGAAUAUUCUGCUGUAUAAUAUAUGCUUAACCAAAUAUAUACAUACUUUAAAA